AUGAAUCCGUUUUAUCUAAUAAUCCACGUGGUUUUCGGAGUUUUUUCUUGGAUUUUAUAUGCAAUUGUAACUAUUUAUAUUUAUCAUCAUCGAAAGGAAUUCAAUUCAGCAUUUAUGAAAUUGUGGAAUACUUUUACGAUUAUUGUGAGUUAUAAUGACGUGGAAAAAUAUGAACAGAAGUUUGAACUCUUUAAUUUCUGAUUGAAAUUUGAAGGCGAAUUAGUAACCCAAAGUUGUAUACUUUUGAUUCAAUUAAAGAAAAAAACUAGACAUCAUACUUCUGAAAAAAAAAUUUCAUGAAAUUUUCCAAAAAAAAAAAAGUAAUUUUUGCACUUUCAAACUAAAAAAAAUGUUAGUUAGAAUUUGAUCUUAUUAAUUAUUAUAAAAUUAUAAUCCGAAUUAAAGAUAGAAAAAGCUAGACAUCUAAAAAAAGAUAUUGCUAUAGUUUUUGAACUUUUGGAAUACUUUCUCGGAAAAAAUAUUACAAUUAGUCAGAAUUUGGAUUUUUUGAGUUUUGAAGUUGUAAUCAAAUUUUACUUCAUCAAAAAAUAGUUUCAAAACUCGCCCAAUAAACUUUGGAAAUUUCCGGAAAUGUCUGAAAUUUUUAAAAGAAAAGGAACUCUUAAAAAAUGCUUCAAUAAAAAAUCAAAAUGAGUUUUUUUUCAUAAUAAAUAUCACGUCGAUAUACGUUUUCUUCUUCAUUUUUUUCCGGAAAAAGAACACCAAUUCAAUGUCUUAAAAUAGCAUUCAUCAAAAAUUCAUGAACUAUCUAAUAUAAAAUUAGCAUACCUCCAUGACUUUAUGAAUAAUAAUAAUAAUUAAUUAACAUUUUUUCCAGAAUUUCUUGCAAUUUACAACAAUGAAAAUGUACUGGCAAAUUCCGUUGCACACACCAAAAGAUUCGUGGUUUUCCGAUUCUUUGUUAUAUUUCAAUACAAAUAUUCCACCAUAUAUUUUAACUAUAGUCUAUUUUUCCGCGUAUUAUUUCAUUUAUUGUCAACGAAUUUGUGUUCUGUUAUUAAUUGGAAUCAGUUUUCGAUUGAUAGUUUUUCCAUUUUCAAGUUCACCAAUCUGGGAAAGAAAAUAUAUUCUAACAGCUGCUAUUAUAUUCCUCUUACCUUUGCCAUUUAUCUAUGAUAUUCUUUAUUUGGAACCAACUUUUAAUUAUAUCAAAAAUCUCGAUGGUUAUGUUUUAUUUCCAAGUUUGAAGGUGAGACUUUUUCUUUUUUCAAAUAUACGUCAUUUCCCUCGUAAUUUAUAAUUACCUCCAGUGUUAGACUACAACGGAGUAGUUUAAUUAGUAUCAUCCAGAAAUACAUUUUUUUUGUUCAAAUUCUUUUUCAAGAAAAGACACCCCCUUCUUUUCAAAAAUAAACUAAUAUUCUUCCAGAAAUACCCGGAAGCUGCGCGGAAUAUUCUGAAAUGUAAUUUCUUUGAGAUCUCCACUGCAAUUAUCUCGGGAAUUUUAAAACUUUUCUCAAUACUUUGUCUUUCUGCAAAACGUGCCAAAAAACGAGAUGAUCGAAAUCUUUACGUUGUAACAUCAAUGAUGUUUUUCACAUCGAUUCUCAAAUUUGCUUGUGCGAUUUUGUUGGUUUUGAAUGUGAAUCCGUAUGUUCAGAUGGCUGUGAUAUAUAUUUAUCCAGUUUCUGCUGAUUUCGUUGCAUUGAGUUGUCCUUAUACUCUACUUUUUAUCAAUGAACGAAUGAGGAAAAGUAUUUGGAACAAAUUGACAGGCAAAAUCGAACCGGUUGAUGUAUAA